AUGGCGCAGGCAACUCAGUCUAUAAAAUGUGUGGUGACAGGAGAUGGUGCUGUGGGAAAGACCUGCUUACUGAUAUCCUACACAACCAAUGCUUUUCCCGGCGAAUACAUUCCAACAGUCUUUGACAACUACUCUGCCAGCGUUAUGGUAGAUGGAAAGCCGGUCUCACUCGGGUUGUGGGAUACUGCUGGUCAGGAAGAUUACGAUCGAUUGCGCCCCCUCUCGUACCCCCAGACCGACGUCUUUCUGAUAUGCUUUUCCAUUGUCUCCCCUCCCAGCUUCGACAACGUCAAGGCCAAGUGGUAUCCUGAAAUCGAACAUCAUGCCCCUAAUGUGCCUAUUAUCCUCGUCGGCACCAAACUAGAUUUGCGAGAAGAUAAAGCAACAGCCGAUAAUCUGAGAUCCAAAAAAAUGGAGCCAGUAUCAUAUGAGCAGGCCCUAGCCGUCGCCAGAGAGAUCAAAGCUGUCAAAUACCUUGAAUGUUCGGCAUUGACGCAACGAAACCUUAAAAGCGUCUUUGACGAGGCCAUUAGAGCCGUCCUCAAUCCACGACCGGCCGCGACCAAGAAGAAAUCGAGGUGCACCAUUCUCUAG